CUUUAUCUGCUAUAGUCGAGGGCCGUGCUGCAAGGAGAGACGUCGUACUCCUGCUUGACGGUUCAGACGGAAGUAGGAAUGGAUUCCCCGCCAUGCGUGACUUUGUUCAGAGAGUGGUGGAGAAACUCCAUAUGGAUCAAGGCAAAGACCGCCUUUCUGUGGUCCAGUACAGCCGAGAGCCUGAGGCUAAUUUCUAUCUGAACACCUACACCACAAAGGAAGAGGUUCUGGAAACUGUCCGCAAUCUUAAGCACAAAGGAGGGAGACCCCUCAACACCGGGUCAGCCCUCCAGUACGUGAGAGACAGUGUCCUCACUGAUUCCUCUGGCAGUAGACGCCUGGAGGGUGUCCCACAGAUACUGAUUUUACUGAGCAGUGGAAGGUCUAAUGACAAUGUGGACACGCCAGCCUCUGCUCUUAGGGAGCUCGGAGUGAAAAUGUAUACAAUUGGCAGCAGAAACUCUGACAGUAGAGAAUUGCAGAGGAUUUCAAAAGAGCCUGGCAAUGCACUUUCAGUGUCUGACUUCAGUGACCUCCCCAGUGUUCAGGAGCAACUUCUCGAUUCCGUAGAAAAUGUUGUCAUCACUGUCACACCAACAACACCAACUGUCAUAGUUGACCAUGCCGCUCCUAGAAAGGAUGUUGUAUUCCUGCUGGAUGGCUCUGAUUACACUAGGAAUUUAUUCCCAGCUAUGAAGGACUUUGUUCAGAGGGUAGUGGAGAAGCUAAAUGUGAUGGAGAACAGAGAUCGUGUGUCUGUGGUCCAAUACAGCAGAGACCCAGAGGCCCAUUUCUAUUUGAAUACAUACACAAGAAAGGAAGACACUCUUGACGCUGUGAGAGCUCUGAGGCACAAAGGAGGCAGGCCCCUCAACACCGGGGCCGCUCUCCAGUACGUGAGAGACAGCGCCUUCUCUCCUUCCUCUGGUAGCAGACGGCAAGAGGGUGUUCCUCAAAUCCUAAUUCUGCUGAGCGGAGCAAGGUCUAGCGAUAACGUAGACACACCAGCCACCUCUCUCAAAGAGAGUGGCGUCUUAAUCUUUGCUAUUGGCACCAAAAAUUCCAGCCGAGAGGUUGAGAAGAUUGCCUCUUAUCCCAACUAUACCCAGUCUGUGUCAGACUUUUCGGAGCUGCCAAAUGUCCAACAGGAAUUCCUUGCCUCAGUGAACACUGCUGUCUUGGAGGUAACACAAACAUCACCACCGGUUUUAGUUGACAGAAGAAUGCCCCAAAGAGACGUGGUGUUCAUGCUGGAUGGUUCCGAUGGAACAAGAAACGUGUUCCCAGCAGUGCUUGACUUUGUUCAAAGAGUGGUGGAGAAACUAAAUGUGGGUGAGAGCAAAGACCGUGUCUCUGUGGUCCAGUACAACAGAGACCCAGUGGCCCACUUCUACCUGAACACCCACUCAAGGAAGGAGGAUGUUCUUGAGAAUAUUAGAAGUCUGAGACAUAAAGGAGGAAGGCCUCUCAACACUGGUGCAGCUCUCCAGUAUGUGAGGGAGAACGUGUUCACAGCCUCCUCCGGUUCUAGACGCUUAGAGGGUGUGCCACAGAUACUGAUCCUGCUUAGCGGUGGAAGGUCUUUUGACGGUGUAGACGCUCCAGCCUCUGCUCUGAAGGAGCUCGGAGUGCAGAUCCUUCCAAUUGGAAACAGGAACUCUGACAGCAGAGAACUGCAGAGGAUUUCACACGACCCUAGUUACGUAUUGUCAGUGUCUGACUUCAGUGACCUUCCGAGUGUUCAGGAGCAACUUCUCUCUGUCGUGAGCACUGUAGUAGUGGUGGCCACUCCCAUAACACCAACAGUCAUAGCCGAGGACCGUGCAGCCAAGAGAGAUGUCGUACUCCUGCUUGACGGUUCAGACGGAAGUAGGAAUGGAUUCCCCGCCAUGCGUGACUUUGUUCAGAGAGUGGUGGAGAAACUGCAUUUGGAUGAAGGCAAAGACCGCGUUUCUGUGGUCCAGUACAGCCGAGAGCCUGAGGCUAAUUUCUAUCUGAACACCUACACCACAAAGGAAGAGGUUCUGGAAACUGUGAGAGCUCUGAGGCACAAAGGAGGGCGACCCCUCAACACCGGGUCAGCCCUCCAGUACGUGAGAGACAGUGUCCUCACUGAUUCCUCUGGCAGUAGACGCCUGGAGGGUGUCCCACAGAUACUGAUUUUAUUGAGCAGUGGAAGGUCUUAUGACAAUGUGGACACGCCAGCCUCUGCUCUAAGGGAGCUCGGAGUCAAAAUUUAUACCAUUGGCAGCAGAACCUCUGACAGUAGAGAAUUGCAGAGGAUUUCAAAAGAACCUGCCAAUGCACUUUCAGUGUCUGACUUCAGUGACCUCCCCAGUGUUCAGGAGCAACUUCUCGAUUCCGUAGAAAAUGUUAUCAUAACUGUCACACCAACGACACCAACUGUCAUAGUUGACGAUGCCGCUCCUAGAAAGGAUGUUGUAUUCCUGCUGGAUGGCUCUGAUUACACUAGGAAUGCAUUCCCAGCUAUGAAGGACUUUGUUCAGAGGGUAGUGGAGAAGCUAAAUGUGAUGGAGAACAGAGAUCGUGUGUCUGUGGUCCAAUACAGCAGAGACCCAGAGGCCCAUUUCUAUCUGAAUACGUACUCAGGAAAGGAAGACACUCUUGACGCUGUGAGAGCUCUGAGGCACAAAGGAGGCAGGCCCCUCAACACCGGGGCCGCUCUCCAGUACGUGAGAGACAGCGCCUUCUCUCCUUCCUCUGGUAGCAGACGGCAAGAGGGUGUUCCUCAAAUCCUAAUUCUGCUGAGCGGAGCGAGGUCUAGCGAUAACGUAGACACACCAGCCACCUCUCUCAAAGAGAGUGGCGUCUUGAUCUUUGCUAUUGGCACCAAAAAUUCCAGCCGAGAGGUUGAGAAGAUUGCCUCCUAUCCCAACUAUGCCCAGUCUGUGUCAGACUUUUCGGAGCUGCCAAAUGUCCAACAGCAAUUCCUUGCCUCAGUGAACACUGCUGUCUUGGAGGUAACACAAACAUCACCACCGGUUUUAGUUGACAGAAGAAUGCCCCAAAAGGACGUGGUGUUCAUGCUGGAUGGUUCCGAUGGAACAAGAAACGUGUUCCCAGCAGUGCUUGACUUUGUUCAAAGAGUGGUGGAGAAACUAAAUGUGGGUGAGAGCAAAGACCGUGUCUCUGUGGUCCAGUACAGCAGAGACCCAGUGGCCCACUUCUACCUGAACACCCACUCAAGGAAGGAGGAUGUUCUUGAGAAUGUUAGAAGUCUGAGACAUAAAGGAGGACGGCCUCUCAACACUGGUGCAGCUCUCCAGUAUGUGAGGGAGAACGUGUUCACAGCCUCCUCCGGUUCUAGACGCUUGGAGGGUGUGCCACAGAUACUGAUCCUGCUUAGCGGUGGAAGGUCUUUUGACGGUGUGGACGCUCCAGCCUCGGCUCUGAAGGAGCUGGGAGUGCAGAUCCUUCCAAUUGGAAACAGGAACUCUGACAGCAGAGAACUGCAGAGGAUUUCACACGACCCUAGUUACGCAUUGUCAGUGUCUGACUUCAGUGACCUUCCGAGUGUUCAGGAGCAACUUCUCUCUGUCGUGAGCACUGUAGUAGUGGUGGCCACUCCCAUAACACCAACAGUCAUAGCCGAGGACCGUGCAGCCAAGAGAGAUGUCGUACUCCUGCUUGACGGUUCAGACGGAAGUAGGAAUGGAUUCCCCGCCAUGCGUGACUUUGUUCAGAGAGUGGUGGAGAAACUGCAUUUGGAUGAAGGCAAAGACCGCGUUUCUGUGGUCCAGUACAGCCGAGAGCCUGAGGCUAAUUUCUAUCUGAACACCUACACCACAAAGGAAGAGGUUCUGGAAACUGUGAGAGCUCUGAGGCACAAAGGAGGGCGACCCCUCAACACCGGGUCAGCCCUCCAGUACGUGAGAGACAGUGUCCUCACUGAUUCCUCUGGCAGUAGACGCCUGGAGGGUGUCCCACAGAUACUGAUUUUAUUGAGCAGUGGAAGGUCUUAUGACAAUGUGGACACGCCAGCCUCUGCUCUAAGGGAGCUCGGAGUCAAAAUUUAUACCAUUGGCAGCAGAACCUCUGACAGUAGAGAAUUGCAGAGGAUUUCAAAAGAACCUGCCAAUGCACUUUCAGUGUCUGACUUCAGUGACCUCCCCAGUGUUCAGGAGCAACUUCUCGAUUCCGUAGAAAAUGUUAUCAUAACUGUCACACCAACGACACCAACUGUCAUAGUUGACGAUGCCGCUCCUAGAAAGGAUGUUGUAUUCCUGCUGGAUGGCUCUGAUUACACUAGGAAUGCAUUCCCAGCUAUGAAGGACUUUGUUCAGAGGGUAGUGGAGAAGCUAAAUGUGAUGGAGAACAGAGAUCGUGUGUCUGUGGUCCAAUACAGCAGAGACCCAGAGGCCCAUUUCUAUCUGAAUACGUACUCAGGAAAGGAAGACACUCUUGACGCUGUGAGAGCUCUGAGGCACAAAGGAGGCAGGCCCCUCAACACCGGGGCCGCUCUCCAGUACGUGAGAGACAGCGCCUUCUCUCCUUCCUCUGGUAGCAGACGGCAAGAGGGUGUUCCUCAAAUCCUAAUUCUGCUGAGCGGAGCGAGGUCUAGCGAUAACGUAGACACACCAGCCACCUCUCUCAAAGAGAGUGGCGUCUUGAUCUUUGCUAUUGGCACCAAAAAUUCCAGCCGAGAGGUUGAGAAGAUUGCCUCCUAUCCCAACUAUGCCCAGUCUGUGUCAGACUUUUCGGAGCUGCCAAAUGUCCAACAGCAAUUCCUUGCCUCAGUGAACACUGCUGUCUUGGAGGUAACACAAACAUCACCACCGGUUUUAGUUGACAGAAGAAUGCCCCAAAAGGACGUGGUGUUCAUGCUGGAUGGUUCCGAUGGAACAAGAAACGUGUUCCCAGCAGUGCUUGACUUUGUUCAAAGAGUGGUGGAGAAACUAAAUGUGGGUGAGAGCAAAGACCGUGUCUCUGUGGUCCAGUACAGCAGAGACCCAGUGGCCCACUUCUACCUGAACACCCACUCAAGGAAGGAGGAUGUUCUUGAGAAUGUUAGAAGUCUGAGACAUAAAGGAGGACGGCCUCUCAACACUGGUGCAGCUCUCCAGUAUGUGAGGGAGAACGUGUUCACAGCCUCCUCCGGUUCUAGACGCUUGGAGGGUGUGCCACAGAUACUGAUCCUGCUUAGCGGUGGAAGGUCUUUUGACGGUGUGGACGCUCCAGCCUCGGCUCUGAAGGAGCUGGGAGUGCAGAUCCUUCCAAUUGGAAACAGGAACUCUGACAGCAGAGAACUGCAGAGGAUUUCACACGACCCUAGUUACGCAUUGUCAGUGUCUGACUUCAGUGACCUUCCGAGUGUUCAGGAGCAACUUCUCUCUGUCGUGAGCACUGUAGUAGUGGUGGCCACUCCCAUAACACCAACAGUCAUAGCCGAGGACCGUGCAGCCAAGAGAGAUGUCGUACUCCUGCUUGACGGUUCAGACGGAAGUAGGAAUGGAUUCCCCGCCAUGCGUGACUUUGUUCAGAGAGUGGUGGAGAAACUGCAUUUGGAUGAAGGCAAAGACCGCGUUUCUGUGGUCCAGUACAGCCGAGAGCCUGAGGCUAAUUUCUAUCUGAACACCUACACCACAAAGGAAGAGGUUCUGGAAACUGUGAGAGCUCUGAGGCACAAAGGAGGGCGACCCCUCAACACCGGGUCAGCCCUCCAGUACGUGAGAGACAGUGUCCUCACUGAUUCCUCUGGCAGUAGACGCCUGGAGGGUGUCCCACAGAUACUGAUUUUAUUGAGCAGUGGAAGGUCUUAUGACAAUGUGGACACGCCAGCCUCUGCUCUAAGGGAGCUCGGAGUCAAAAUUUAUACCAUUGGCAGCAGAACCUCUGACAGUAGAGAAUUGCAGAGGAUUUCAAAAGAACCUGCCAAUGCACUUUCAGUGUCUGACUUCAGUGACCUCCCCAGUGUUCAGGAGCAACUUCUCGAUUCCGUAGAAAAUGUUAUCAUAACUGUCACACCAACGACACCAACUGUCAUAGUUGACGAUGCCGCUCCUAGAAAGGAUGUUGUAUUCCUGCUGGAUGGCUCUGAUUACACUAGGAAUGCAUUCCCAGCUAUGAAGGACUUUGUUCAGAGGGUAGUGGAGAAGCUAAAUGUGAUGGAGAACAGAGAUCGUGUGUCUGUGGUCCAAUACAGCAGAGACCCAGAGGCCCAUUUCUAUCUGAAUACGUACUCAGGAAAGGAAGACACUCUUGACGCUGUGAGAGCUCUGAGGCACAAAGGAGGCAGGCCCCUCAACACCGGGGCCGCUCUCCAGUACGUGAGAGACAGCGCCUUCUCUCCUUCCUCUGGUAGCAGACGGCAAGAGGGUGUUCCUCAAAUCCUAAUUCUGCUGAGCGGAGCGAGGUCUAGCGAUAACGUAGACACACCAGCCACCUCUCUCAAAGAGAGUGGCGUCUUGAUCUUUGCUAUUGGCACCAAAAAUUCCAGCCGAGAGGUUGAGAAGAUUGCCUCCUAUCCCAACUAUGCCCAGUCUGUGUCAGACUUUUCGGAGCUGCCAAAUGUCCAACAGCAAUUCCUUGCCUCAGUGAACACUGCUGUCUUGGAGGUAACACAAACAUCACCACCGGUUUUAGUUGACAGAAGAAUGCCCCAAAAGGACGUGGUGUUCAUGCUGGAUGGUUCCGAUGGAACAAGAAACGUGUUCCCAGCAGUGCUUGACUUUGUUCAAAGAGUGGUGGAGAAACUAAAUGUGGGUGAGAGCAAAGACCGUGUCUCUGUGGUCCAGUACAGCAGAGACCCAGUGGCCCACUUCUACCUGAACACCCACUCAAGGAAGGAGGAUGUUCUUGAGAAUGUUAGAAGUCUGAGACAUAAAGGAGGACGGCCUCUCAACACUGGUGCAGCUCUCCAGUAUGUGAGGGAGAACGUGUUCACAGCCUCCUCCGGUUCUAGACGCUUGGAGGGUGUGCCACAGAUACUGAUCCUGCUUAGCGGUGGAAGGUCUUUUGACGGUGUGGACGCUCCAGCCUCGGCUCUGAAGGAGCUGGGAGUGCAGAUCCUUCCAAUUGGAAACAGGAACUCUGACAGCAGAGAACUGCAGAGGAUUUCACACGACCCUAGUUACGCAUUGUCAGUGUCUGACUUCAGUGACCUUCCGAGUGUUCAGGAGCAACUUCUCUCUGUCGUGAGCACUGUAGUAGUGGUGGCCACUCCCAUAACACCAACAGUCAUAGCCGAGGACCGUGCAGCCAAGAGAGAUGUCGUACUCCUGCUUGACGGUUCAGACGGAAGUAGGAAUGGAUUCCCCGCCAUGCGUGACUUUGUUCAGAGAGUGGUGGAGAAACUGCAUUUGGAUGAAGGCAAAGACCGCGUUUCUGUGGUCCAGUACAGCCGAGAGCCUGAGGCUAAUUUCUAUCUGAACACCUACACCACAAAGGAAGAGGUUCUGGAAACUGUGAGAGCUCUGAGGCACAAAGGAGGGCGACCCCUCAACACCGGGUCAGCCCUCCAGUACGUGAGAGACAGUGUCCUCACUGAUUCCUCUGGCAGUAGACGCCUGGAGGGUGUCCCACAGAUACUGAUUUUAUUGAGCAGUGGAAGGUCUUAUGACAAUGUGGACACGCCAGCCUCUGCUCUAAGGGAGCUCGGAGUCAAAAUUUAUACCAUUGGCAGCAGAACCUCUGACAGUAGAGAAUUGCAGAGGAUUUCAAAAGAACCUGCCAAUGCACUUUCAGUGUCUGACUUCAGUGACCUCCCCAGUGUUCAGGAGCAACUUCUCGAUUCCGUAGAAAAUGUUAUCAUAACUGUCACACCAACGACACCAACUGUCAUAGUUGACGAUGCCGCUCCUAGAAAGGAUGUUGUAUUCCUGCUGGAUGGCUCUGAUUACACUAGGAAUGCAUUCCCAGCUAUGAAGGACUUUGUUCAGAGGGUAGUGGAGAAGCUAAAUGUGAUGGAGAACAGAGAUCGUGUGUCUGUGGUCCAAUACAGCAGAGACCCAGAGGCCCAUUUCUAUCUGAAUACGUACUCAGGAAAGGAAGACACUCUUGACGCUGUGAGAGCUCUGAGGCACAAAGGAGGCAGGCCCCUCAACACCGGGGCCGCUCUCCAGUACGUGAGAGACAGCGCCUUCUCUCCUUCCUCUGGUAGCAGACGGCAAGAGGGUGUUCCUCAAAUCCUAAUUCUGCUGAGCGGAGCGAGGUCUAGCGAUAACGUAGACACACCAGCCACCUCUCUCAAAGAGAGUGGCGUCUUGAUCUUUGCUAUUGGCACCAAAAAUUCCAGCCGAGAGGUUGAGAAGAUUGCCUCCUAUCCCAACUAUGCCCAGUCUGUGUCAGACUUUUCGGAGCUGCCAAAUGUCCAACAGCAAUUCCUUGCCUCAGUGAACACUGCUGUCUUGGAGGUAACACAAACAUCACCACCGGUUUUAGUUGACAGAAGAAUGCCCCAAAAGGACGUGGUGUUCAUGCUGGAUGGUUCCGAUGGAACAAGAAACGUGUUCCCAGCAGUGCUUGACUUUGUUCAAAGAGUGGUGGAGAAACUAAAUGUGGGUGAGAGCAAAGACCGUGUCUCUGUGGUCCAGUACAGCAGAGACCCAGUGGCCCACUUCUACCUGAACACCCACUCAAGGAAGGAGGAUGUUCUUGAGAAUGUUAGAAGUCUGAGACAUAAAGGAGGACGGCCUCUCAACACUGGUGCAGCUCUCCAGUAUGUGAGGGAGAACGUGUUCACAGCCUCCUCCGGUUCUAGACGCUUGGAGGGUGUGCCACAGAUACUGAUCCUGCUUAGCGGUGGAAGGUCUUUUGACGGUGUGGACGCUCCAGCCUCGGCUCUGAAGGAGCUGGGAGUGCAGAUCCUUCCAAUUGGAAACAGGAACUCUGACAGCAGAGAACUGCAGAGGAUUUCACACGACCCUAGUUACGCAUUGUCAGUGUCUGACUUCAGUGACCUUCCGAGUGUUCAGGAGCAACUUCUCUCUGUCGUGAGCACUGUAGUAGUGGUGGCCACUCCCAUAACACCAACAGUCAUAGCCGAGGACCGUGCAGCCAAGAGAGAUGUCGUACUCCUGCUUGACGGUUCAGACGGAAGUAGGAAUGGAUUCCCCGCCAUGCGUGACUUUGUUCAGAGAGUGGUGGAGAAACUGCAUUUGGAUGAAGGCAAAGACCGCGUUUCUGUGGUCCAGUACAGCCGAGAGCCUGAGGCUAAUUUCUAUCUGAACACCUACACCACAAAGGAAGAGGUUCUGGAAACUGUGAGAGCUCUGAGGCACAAAGGAGGGCGACCCCUCAACACCGGGUCAGCCCUCCAGUACGUGAGAGACAGUGUCCUCACUGAUUCCUCUGGCAGUAGACGCCUGGAGGGUGUCCCACAGAUACUGAUUUUAUUGAGCAGUGGAAGGUCUUAUGACAAUGUGGACACGCCAGCCUCUGCUCUAAGGGAGCUCGGAGUCAAAAUUUAUACCAUUGGCAGCAGAACCUCUGACAGUAGAGAAUUGCAGAGGAUUUCAAAAGAACCUGCCAAUGCACUUUCAGUGUCUGACUUCAGUGACCUCCCCAGUGUUCAGGAGCAACUUCUCGAUUCCGUAGAAAAUGUUAUCAUAACUGUCACACCAACGACACCAACUGUCAUAGUUGACGAUGCCGCUCCUAGAAAGGAUGUUGUAUUCCUGCUGGAUGGCUCUGAUUACACUAGGAAUGCAUUCCCAGCUAUGAAGGACUUUGUUCAGAGGGUAGUGGAGAAGCUAAAUGUGAUGGAGAACAGAGAUCGUGUGUCUGUGGUCCAAUACAGCAGAGACCCAGAGGCCCAUUUCUAUCUGAAUACGUACUCAGGAAAGGAAGACACUCUUGACGCUGUGAGAGCUCUGAGGCACAAAGGAGGCAGGCCCCUCAACACCGGGGCCGCUCUCCAGUACGUGAGAGACAGCGCCUUCUCUCCUUCCUCUGGUAGCAGACGGCAAGAGGGUGUUCCUCAAAUCCUAAUUCUGCUGAGCGGAGCGAGGUCUAGCGAUAACGUAGACACACCAGCCACCUCUCUCAAAGAGAGUGGCGUCUUGAUCUUUGCUAUUGGCACCAAAAAUUCCAGCCGAGAGGUUGAGAAGAUUGCCUCCUAUCCCAACUAUGCCCAGUCUGUGUCAGACUUUUCGGAGCUGCCAAAUGUCCAACAGCAAUUCCUUGCCUCAGUGAACACUGCUGUCUUGGAGGUAACACAAACAUCACCACCGGUUUUAGUUGACAGAAGAAUGCCCCAAAAGGACGUGGUGUUCAUGCUGGAUGGUUCCGAUGGAACAAGAAACGUGUUCCCAGCAGUGCUUGACUUUGUUCAAAGAGUGGUGGAGAAACUAAAUGUGGGUGAGAGCAAAGACCGUGUCUCUGUGGUCCAGUACAGCAGAGACCCAGUGGCCCACUUCUACCUGAACACCCACUCAAGGAAGGAGGAUGUUCUUGAGAAUGUUAGAAGUCUGAGACAUAAAGGAGGACGGCCUCUCAACACUGGUGCAGCUCUCCAGUAUGUGAGGGAGAACGUGUUCACAGCCUCCUCCGGUUCUAGACGCUUGGAGGGUGUGCCACAGAUACUGAUCCUGCUUAGCGGUGGAAGGUCUUUUGACGGUGUGGACGCUCCAGCCUCGGCUCUGAAGGAGCUGGGAGUGCAGAUCCUUCCAAUUGGAAACAGGAACUCUGACAGCAGAGAACUGCAGAGGAUUUCACACGACCCUAGUUACGCAUUGUCAGUGUCUGACUUCAGUGACCUUCCGAGUGUUCAGGAGCAACUUCUCUCUGUCGUGAGCACUGUAGUAGUGGUGGCCACUCCCAUAACACCAACAGUCAUAGCCGAGGACCGUGCAGCCAAGAGAGAUGUCGUACUCCUGCUUGACGGUUCAGACGGAAGUAGGAAUGGAUUCCCCGCCAUGCGUGACUUUGUUCAGAGAGUGGUGGAGAAACUGCAUUUGGAUGAAGGCAAAGACCGCGUUUCUGUGGUCCAGUACAGCCGAGAGCCUGAGGCUAAUUUCUAUCUGAACACCUACACCACAAAGGAAGAGGUUCUGGAAACUGUGAGAGCUCUGAGGCACAAAGGAGGGCGACCCCUCAACACCGGGUCAGCCCUCCAGUACGUGAGAGACAGUGUCCUCACUGAUUCCUCUGGCAGUAGACGCCUGGAGGGUGUCCCACAGAUACUGAUUUUAUUGAGCAGUGGAAGGUCUUAUGACAAUGUGGACACGCCAGCCUCUGCUCUAAGGGAGCUCGGAGUCAAAAUUUAUACCAUUGGCAGCAGAACCUCUGACAGUAGAGAAUUGCAGAGGAUUUCAAAAGAACCUGCCAAUGCACUUUCAGUGUCUGACUUCAGUGACCUCCCCAGUGUUCAGGAGCAACUUCUCGAUUCCGUAGAAAAUGUUAUCAUAACUGUCACACCAACGACACCAACUGUCAUAGUUGACGAUGCCGCUCCUAGAAAGGAUGUUGUAUUCCUGCUGGAUGGCUCUGAUUACACUAGGAAUGCAUUCCCAGCUAUGAAGGACUUUGUUCAGAGGGUAGUGGAGAAGCUAAAUGUGAUGGAGAACAGAGAUCGUGUGUCUGUGGUCCAAUACAGCAGAGACCCAGAGGCCCAUUUCUAUCUGAAUACGUACUCAGGAAAGGAAGACACUCUUGACGCUGUGAGAGCUCUGAGGCACAAAGGAGGCAGGCCCCUCAACACCGGGGCCGCUCUCCAGUACGUGAGAGACAGCGCCUUCUCUCCUUCCUCUGGUAGCAGACGGCAAGAAGGUGUACCACAGAUACUGAUGUUACUGACUGGUGGAAGGUCUUCUGACAAUGUGGACACAGGAGCUUCUAGUCUUAGGGAGGUCGGAGUAAAAGCCUACUCUAUUGGAAGCAAAUCCUCAGACAGCAGAGAAUUGCAGAGAAUUUCAUUCCUACCUAAUUAUACCAUGUCAGUUUCUGACUUCAGAGACCUUCCCAGAUUUGAAGAGCAAAUUCUCUCUGUUAUUAGUGAUGUAACAGAGGUGACCACUUCUCCCACACCAACUAUAUUGGUGCAAUCUACUAUGAGUCGACGAGAUGUUGUUUUUCUCAUUGAUGGCUCUGACGGAAGUCGCCUUGCAUUCCCAGCCAUUCGAGAUUUUGUUCGCAGAGUCACAGAAAAUCUCAAUGUUGCUGAAAACAGAGACAGGGUUGCUGUUAUCCAGUUUAGCAGUGACGCUUUUGUCCACUCCUUACUGAAUUCCUACUUGACCAUGGGCGGUAUCAUCAAGAAGAUACGAGGCAUGAGACAUAAGGGAGGAGAUCCUCGCAACACCGGAGCAGCUCUCCAGUUUGUAAGAGAAAACGUCUUUACUGCUUCUCGUGGAAGCAGACAACAAGAAGGUGUCCCACAGAUUCUUAUCUUGCUGACUGGAGGACCAUCCAGUGACAGUGUCACACAACCUGCUAUGACUUUGCAACAAAAUGGGGUUGUAAGUUUAGGCAUUGGAACAGAUGUCAGCUCCAUUUCCAUGAUCCCUAAGGAUUCAAGCAAUAUCUUUGCCAUCAAUGACUUUGGGGAUCUUCCAGACAAAUUACAGAAUGUCAUUUCUACAUUAAAUCAAUUCUCUAUCAAAGUGUAUGGUAAGUAUACACCUGAUAAGAAUUUCCAUAUUUUCGUUCAACAUGCUGAUGCCCAGGGUCCUAAGAAGGAUGUCGUUUUCCUCAUCGAUGGCUCUGAUGGAGUUGGCCGGGAGUUUCCUAUCAUCUUGGAAUUUGUGCGGAACGUGGUAGAAAACCUCAACAUUGGUGAAAACAAGAUCCGCGUGGGCGUGGUGCAGUAUGGUGACAACCCCAGUGCUGAUAUUAACCUCAAUUCCCACACAAGCAAGGAAGGAGUGUUGAAUGCAAUCAAGGGACUGAGACAGCGUGGUGGCAGACAGCGCAACCUGGGAAGAGCAGUUGAAUUUGUCAGUCGUGAUGUUCUGGCCAGACAAUCUGGAGGCCGACGGGAAGAUGGCGUUCCACAGUUCCUGAUUGUUGUGUCGGGAGGAAGGUCCACAGAUGAAGUGCAGACAGCAGCAACGGCCCUCAAAAGGUCAGGGGUUCUCACCUUCAGCAUUGGAACCAGAGACGUUAAUCCCAGAGAGCUUCAGGUCAUGUCCUACAUUCCCAGUUACGCAUACCCUGUGGAUGACUUCCCCGGCCUCUACACUGUCCAAGGCACUCUGGUAACCACUCUAACCGAAUUGUCAGAUGAAGAAAUAGCACGGAUUCGUCCUGUUUUCCCUGACUAUCAAGAUCCUGUAAUACCAACAAUUCCAGGAGACAAGAGAGAUGUCGUUUUCCUUGUUGAUGGAGGAAAUGCCGUCCCUAACAUUCGUGACAUGAUAUUGAGGGUCGUGGAUAAGCUGGAUGUUGGCCUAGACAAUGUUCGUGUGUCCGUUGUGCAAUACACCGAUGACACCAAGCUAGAGUUCCUUCUCAAUGAACAUUCUACCAAAGAUGAGGUGAAGGCUGCUGUGCAGCGAAUGCGCAACAAGGGUGGCAACCGACUCAACACGGGACAUGCUCUUGACUGGGUUUCAAAGAACAUCUACCAAAGAUCAGCUGGCAGUCGUGUUGAAGAGGGUGUACCCCAGUUCCUGGUUUUGGUUACAGGCGGCAAGUCCACAGAUGAUGUGUCUGGUCCUGCUAACCAGCUGAAGCUCAACAUGGUGGCACCAUUGACUGUCGGAGCCAAGAAUGCUGACUCUGAUGAGUUGAAGCUCAUUGCUUUGAAGCCAGAGCUGACAUACACUGUGCGUGACUUCAGACAGUUGCAAACAGUGGAGCAGCAGCUCCUGUCCUCUGUGAAGACCAUGACGACUAAGGACAUCACAGAUGUGACUACUACCAUAGGUACCACAAUUACCACAGAGGUGCUCGACCUUGGAAGAAAGGAUAUCAUCUUUCUUGUUGAUGGAUCAGACAGCGCUGGCUCCGGUGGACUUGCCCAUAUACGUGACUUCAUUUUGAAAGUUGUCCAGCAGCUAGACCUGCAUCCUGAUCGAGUGAGGGUUGCGUUAGUUCAGUAUGCAGAUAGAGCCAAAACCGAAUUCUCCCUUAACACCCACUCCAACAAGGAAUCGAUCGUCUUAGCUGUCAAGAGGCUUCGUCAAAUCGGUGGUCGUGGAGGAGACUUGGCUUCAGCCAUCGACUAUGUCAUGAGGAACGAAAUGAAGGCUUCUGCAGGGUUCCGGCCUGCUGUGGCCUCUCAGCACCUUGUAGUUCUGACGGGUGGAAGAUCAAUCUCAGAUGUGUCCAGUAAAGGCGCUAUCCUAAAGGGGGCAGGGGUGAACUGCAUUGGCGUUGGUGCUGGUGCAGCUGAUACAAGACAACUUGCCCAGAUUGCCACUUCUGCUGAUGAUGUCCUUAAAGUGCAGGCCUUCCCCAACCUUCCUAAUAUCGAGAAGCAGCUCAUCGCAAGGAUUAAAGGGGGCAUAUUAGAAGAACCACCAACAAUUUUUGAAGAGCCUACUGAAGGACUACCCCAGGCCAGGGCAGCUGACAUCGUGUUUUUGGUGGAUGGAUCCAUCAACCUGGGCAAGGACAACUUCAGAGAGGUCAUGGAUUUCCUUGUGAACCUCAUUGAUGCCUUCUACAAUGAUAAAGACAGCUUGCAGAUUGGUCUGGCCCACUUUGCUGCUGACGUGACUGAUGUCUUCUUCCUGAAUACAUACCAAAACAAGGAUGACAUCAUUAACGCACUUAACCAGGCAGAAUACAAGGGUGGUAACCGCAUUAACACGGGAGCAGCCAUCCGUCAUGUACAGCAGAACCAUUUUGUGAAGGAGAAAGGCAGUCGGAAGGAUAUGGGCAUUCCACAGAUUCUGAUGAUCAUUUCAGGCGGCAAAUCAGCAGACGAUGGCAAGUCAGCAUCCCUUGGAAUAAAGGCCACUGGAGUCCGUGUCUAUGCCAUUGGUGUGGGUGACCUUCAAGAGGAGCUUGCCGGUCUGGCGAGUGAGGCAGCUACAGUGGCACGAGCAAGCAUCUACCAGGAGCUCUCAGAACUGAACGAGCAGAUCCUGGUGACAUUGGACGAUGACCUGAAAGGCAUUAAACUGUGCACUGGGGUGCAAGAAACCACAAGAUCUUGCAGCCUAGAUGUCCUGUUGGGAUUCGAUGUCUCCUCGCAGAACAUAUUUACCUCCCAGAGAAACCUGGAGACAAAGAUGUCUGCCAUCCUUCAGAGAAUCAUGAAACUUCAAGCCAUCAGCUGCACUUCCGGCCAGGCUCCUACCAUCCGAGUGGGCAUGAUGGCCUUGGACUCAGCCUCUGAGCCUGUGCAUCUGGACUUCACGGACAACUACUUGGAACUUCUGGAAGCCUUCAAGAACCUGCGCAGCCGCGGACCAUUUAUCCUCAAUGCAAAGACCAUCGAUACCUACACUGCUAGGUUCAAAACUGAGCCUGCGGCAUCUGUGAAGGUUGUGAUUCAUCUGACAGACGGUCUGGAUGGACAGUAUGGUCAGAUGAAGGCACGGGUUGAGAACCUGAGGCUUUCCGGUGUGAACAGUUUCAUCUUGGUGGGUCUGGAGAGGGUGCCACAAUUUGAAGAGGCAGUGCUUUUAGAAUAUGGCCGUGGGUUCAGAUACACUCGCCCACUGCGUGUUAACCUGAUGGAUCUGGACUAUGAGAUCCUGGAGGAGUUGGACAACAUUGCUGAGAGAGAGUGCUGCUCAGUACCCUGCAAAUGCACUGGUCAAAGGGGAGACCGAGGUGGCGUUGGACAAUCAGGACUAAAGGGUGAACCAGGAGCUCAGGGAUAUAGAGGACAUCCAGGAGAUGAAGGUGGUCCGGGUGAGAGGGGUCCUCCAGGGGUCAAUGGAACCCAUGGGUUCCAAGGCUGUCCUGGACCAAGAGGUGUCAAGGGUUCUCGAGGAUAUUCAGGAGAGAAGGGGGAAUUCGGAGAAAUCGGCUUGGAUGGAAUUAACGGGGAGGAGGGUACUAGCGGAGUGGUAGGCCCACCAGGAGAACGUGGUAACCCAGGAGGACUGGGAGCUAAAGGUACUAAGGGACAGGCUGGAGACAUAGGACAAGCUGGCAUCCCAGGAGAUCCUGGAACCACAGGGAAGGACAAUACCGUGGGAGGACCAAAGGGAGAUCCAGGCGAUGCUGGCCCUGCUGGAGCAUCAGGAGAGGAUGGCAAACCAGGAACUGCAGGAGAACCAGGAAGGAGGGGCGCCGAUGGAAGAAGAGGGCCACCUGGACAAUCUGGUGCUCCUGGAAAACCUGGAGUAGAUGGGCUGGCAGGAGAGCCUGGGAUUGCAGGAUCAAGAGGACCUAUUGGACCUAAUGGAUCACCAGGGCCAAUGGGUGAGGCUGGAAAUCCUGGACCAAGGGGUCCUGGAGGAGUUCCUGGAUCAGCUGGAGAUAAAGGCAGAAGAGGAGCUGUGGGUCGUAAGGGUGAGCCUGGAGAUUCAGGACCUAAGGGGGUUGUAGGACCCUUGGGACCACGAGGAGAGUCUGGUGAGGAUGGUCGUGAUGGUUUUGGCGUCUCUGGACCUAAAGGAAGAAGGGGUGAUGAAGGCUUCCCUGGAUUCCCCGGACCAAAGGGAGCUGCCGGUGAUCCUGGAACUAAUGGGGGACCAGGACCCAGAGGAAACCGCGGACAGCGGGGUGUUUCAGGGGAUGUUGGUGGAUCUGGUCAGAAAGGAGAGCUUGGCUACCCUGGACCUUAUGGCCAAAAAGGACCUCGAGGACAGAGUGUGGUGCAAUGUGACCUGGUCAAAAAGAUUCGUGACAACUGUCCUUGUUGCUAUGGUGCCCAAGAGUGCCCUCUCUACCCCACCGAGAUGGCCUUCGCCUUGGACGCAUCUGAAGGCGUGGCGAGGCCGUUCUUCAACAACAUGCGCAACACCAUCACCCAACUGGUGAGCAACAUCACCAUCGCCCAGGGCAAGUGUCCCCGCGGCGCGCGCGUGGCCCUGACCCUUUACAACAACGAAGUGACCACGGAGGUGCGCUUCGCCGACGCCAUGAAAAAGAAGGGCCUGCUGGAGGUUGUGGAGGGCCUGCAGCCACAAACCACACGCAAGAAGCGCAGCCUGGCCACCGCCAUGAACUUCUUGGCCCAGAACACCUUCAAGCGCGUGCGCAGCGGCUUCCUGGUCCGCAAGGUGGCCGUGUUUUUCGUGGGCGGCCCGGUCAAUGUCACGUCGGCCUUCGGCGCUGCCGCACUCCGCCUGAACGAUGCAGGCAUUGCCACAGUCUUCCUUCUGAACCGUGACGAUCGCGCGCUCACCAGAGCACUAAGGGUCAAUAACACAGCCUUGGCUCAGGUGAUUGUCCUUCCCUCUCCUGGCUCUGCUGAAUACAACUCAGUCAUCAGCAAGAUCAUGAGCUGCCACAUCUGCUAUGAUUUCUGUGCUCCAGAUAGCGUGUGCGACUACACACCACCCAGCAGCUCCAGAGACAAGAGGUCCUUCAAGUCGGACCUGGACAUUGACAUGGCCUUCGUGAUGGACAGCUCAGAAAGCACAUGGCCGUCUGUCUUCGCUGAAAUGAAGUAUUACGUGGCCCACAUGGUGGACCAACUGAAGAUCUCCACAGACCCAGCCAACUCUGCCCACCACGCCCGUGUGGCCGUGGUCCAGCACAGCCCCUACGAGUACCUCUACAACCACACUGGGCUGCCCGUCCACGUGGCCUUUGGCCUGACUGAGCACACCUCGGCCGUCGCCAUCCGUAACUUCCUGCUGGAGAAGACGCCACAGCUGGAGGGCGGUCGCGACCUGGCGAUGGCGCUGGAGGGCACGGCAGAGCACGUGUUUGAGACGGUUCCACACGCACGCAACCUGCGGGUGAUGGUGCUGAUGGUGACGGGCUCGGUGGAGGCGCAGGAGGAGAGGCUAGUGAGGGCCGCCACAGAGGUCAAGUGCAAGGGCUACUUCCUGGUGGUGCUUGGCGUCGGCGAGCGGCUGAGCGCCGGGGACGCCCGUGUCCUGACCCGUGUGGCCAGCGAGCCGGCCGACGUCUUCUUCAAGAGGGUGAACAAAGACGCUGGCUUCUAUGAAGAUUACAUUCAGAACUUUGCCCGCUUGCUGCCCAAAUAUCUAAGCCUUGAUAAUGCCUUCUACAUGUCACCUGAGGUAGCUAAAAACUGCAAGUGGGUCCAGAAUGACCAGCCCCACAAAAUGCCAGAAACUGUGAACAACAUGCACGAGAAGCAUCAUACUCACCAUGAACAGCAGGCAGGCCGUGAGAAACACCCCAAAGACCUCCAUCCAGGGGAGUUGCACGUGUCCGACGUCACCUCCCACAGCCUGAGCCUUCGCUGGGCCAGUGCCCCGCAGCCCGAUGGCGCUUACUUCGAGGUGCACGUGGUGCGGCUGCAGGAUCAUACCCCAGUGCUGCGAAAGAACAUCACCCAAGCCCACAUCAACCUCCACAGCCUGGAGCCCGCUCAGACGUACCACGUGGCCAUCACGGCCCGGUCCGCUAAGGGAGAAGUCUUAGGAAUAUUCAAGGGCAUCUUCACUACCAAAGGGGUAAAGCCAAAGAUUACAACAGGGGUUCACUUAACCGGUGUUGCCUCCACAGCCCCUUUGAGCAAACCACAAGUUGAGUCUGAGAUACACUCAGAGUCAUCCCAAACCAAGAGUGGCCCUGUUCCUGUGGACAUCUGUCAGCUGCCUAAAGAGGAGGGCACCUGUGUGAAGUUUGUGCUGAAGUGGUACUUCGAUUCCCUCAGCAAGAGCUGUACCCGCUUCUGGUACGGAGGCUGCGCUGGUAACCUGAACCGCUUCGAGACCAAAGAGGAGUGUGAGAGGACGUGUGGGAAAGCAGCACCAGCCAGUUCAGGGGUCAUCGCAGCAGUAAGAACCUAGGGGGAACAUUCAGCUCUCAACCUCAACCGACAGCAGAGGAGAAGGAAGUGACACCAAGACGCUGUGCCAAAGUGAAGGUGCAUGCACUGGAUUCUGACAAAGGAUACAAUCCAUAGAAAUCUUGAAGUAAUAUUUGUUUUGAAGUUCUAUUAUGGUGUUUUUAGUUGUUAUUGUUUUCAGUGCCAUAUUGUAAUGUUCCAGGACAAGAACAACACAUCUUUUUUAAAUGAUUGUUUCAUUUGUAAGGUUUUUAAAAAAAAUGAAAUAAAAACAAGAUAUUUACCUUAUAUGAAUAUCUUGGUCUAAGAGUAACAGGAAAUUUUGCACAGUUCUUAAGAUGUCACCGCUCUCUAUUCACUUCACAGUAAACAAGCUUGCUGGCAUCAGUAUCUGUUGCGAGUGAGAAAUGUCAAACACAAAUGAUCCUCUCAAGGACAGUGUAUUCAUAGCCAGCAAAAUAGUCACUUACACCACCACAGUUGUAUCUCUUUUCUAUUGUUGUUUUUGUAUAUCAAAGCUACAGUUUCACCUCUUGUUGACAAAAGGAAUUGUUUUUGUAUAACCAAAAAAAAUGCACCUCUUGGGCCAGUGGCUCGAACAUAAAAGUCAGGUCUCAAAUUUUGAAAUGUAUGAAAUGCCCUUCCGCUGUUUUUUUGGUGCUAGUUUCCAUUUCACUGUGCAUUUUCUUGGGGAAAGGGGGAAAAAAAGAAAUAAAUUAGACUUUAUACAAAACCAAAA